GCCAAUGUGGAGGUCCAAAGCUUCCUGAGCGAGCCUCAUCCUACCAAUGUGCUGGACUGUGAUAACCUCGUCAGGUCUUUGGAUGCUAAAUGUUAUGCCAUUGAGAAACUUUCAGCUGCAUUCAAAAACCUGACGACGGAUCCACAAUUCAGUGUCCUAGCUUCCACCAGACAGCUAAACAGCCUGUCCCAGCCAGAGCUAUCCAGAGACCGAGGCAUCAUGUCAUCGUCAGACGUGCUGAAGUUUGGUCCCAUGCUGCAGAACAUCCUCAUGGCCGGCUCCAUCACCAAGGCAGUACAGAUGCUGGGAGCCUUGCUGUCUCUACAGCAACUCAAACUGUUCAGCAUCUCCUCCUCUUCCUCCUCUUCCUCCUCUCAAGAUGAUCAGGUCUUCAGCAUCUCCUCCUCUUCCUCCUCUCAAGAUGAUCAGGUCUUCAGCAUCUCCUCCUCUUCCUCCUCUCAAGAUGAUCAGGUCUUCAGCAUCUCCUCCUCUUCCUCCUCUCAAGAUGAUCAGGUCUUCAGCAUCUCCUCCUCUUCCUCCUCUCAAGAUGAUCAGGUCUUCAGCAUCUCCUCCUCCUCCAAAGUGACCAAGCUCCCAGUCCCCAGCUCACCAACCAGCUCAGCCAGUCUGACUCUGACCAAAGACAAAGAAGCAAAGGAUCGGAUCUUCGUCCGCCAGGAGAAGACACCGCAGCAGCCAAAUGCAACAACGGUUACAACCACUCAAAUCAAAGAGAACGACAGUCAAAUCAGGCAAAAAACACCUGGAGCAACAAAUCUAGGUAAGCUCCUCCCAGGGUUUACUAACCCAGCCAACCAGAAGACAGCCCUGGCUCCUCCCCCUCUAGAUCCAGGAAGUGACAUCGGAGUGCAGCACCAGAAGCAAACUUCAUCUCAGCUGAUGCAAUUCCUGCGAACCAACCACAGGAACGAGCCAUUCAUGGAGUUUGCCGCUUUCUUCCAGAAGGCCAGCUACCAGUACACCUCCUCUGGUUUCACCGCCCCGGCAACGACCUCUGACCCCCUCAUGGAAACCAAGAAUGCCCAGGAAACUAAGAAUGUUCUAGAAACUAACAACGUCAGCGUCCUGAAGAAGGAGCUGUCCUCAGAGCUGACGGAUAACCAGCUGAACCAACAUGCCCCGGUGUUUACAGUAAAGCGUGUGGAGUCUGGAGGCUGUCUGAUCUUCAGCUGUAUAAUUGCCACCAAGACAGAGCUCUGGGAUAUAGGAGACGUCUUUACUGAGGUGACAAGGAGCGGUCCUUCCUCUGAUGUCAUCACCACCUCAGAGAACAAGAUGUCUGCCGCUAGUCUCCACUGUCAGAGUGUAGAGAUCUCUAAUGUGACCCUCCACCCCCCAGCUCAAUCCAUCCACAGCCUACAGAACAGAGAGGUUCAGGAAGAUGUCAACAAUAUUAGUCUGACUCCAGAACUCCAGAGUUUCCAGAACUGUUGUUCCUUCAUUGCCCCGGGCAACCAGGGUCUGAGCAUUCCGGGGUUCCAGAUCCGUAAGUUUGAGGAGAUGGCAGUGGUGGUGAGUCACGUGGUUCAUCCUGGAAACUUCUACAUCCAACAGGCCGACACCACCCUCCAGCUGGAGGGCCUCAACACUGACAGAUUAAAGGGCAGCAGUAGUUUAGCAGAGCUGAAGUGUAUUCCAGACAUCGGGACCUACGUCAUGGCCUGGUUCCCCCAACUGGAGAGGUGGUGUCGGGCACAGGUGGCCAAGAUAUGUGGCAUGAGUGGAGACAACAAUGAGUUGGAGGUGGAGGUGAGGAGGCUGGACUACGGAGACACUUCCUGUCUGUCUCUAUGGAACAUCAAGGAACUCAGUGCUGAGAUGACAUCACUUCCUCUACAGGCCAUACAGGUCUCCCUGGCUAAUGUGCGCCCAGUGGAUGGGUGUGGCUGGACCCAGCAGUCAGUGUCUUGGUUCAGAGAUAUGGUGGACAACAGGACGCUGUACGCACGGCUCUACCCUCAGGGAGAUGGAGACAACACCACGGUGGAACUCUUCAUAGAGAAGGGCAAACUGGGGGCAAUGAGGAGAGGAGCCUCUCUGUCUCUGAGACUGGCUCAGAAUGGACAUGCUGAACAUGACAAGCUGAGGAACCUGGGAAUCAAGAGAGGUAGUGUGCAGGAGCGAACCAAGAAACGGGAGUCUGCCUGGAACAAGUACCUCAUUUCCUGUUUGAAUAAGAAGUAAUCCACCUCCCUCGACCCUUCAUGACCCACAGCCUCCAUCACAUUAACCAGGUCUCACCAAAUUGGAAGCCCCGCCUAGUUCUAAAAUGUUCUGUAAUCCUUGGUGCCUAUCCUUGGUGCCUAAUCCUUGGUGCCUACGAGUUUUUUGGGGUCACCGAAGUCUAAACAGUGUAAAAAAAUAAAAAAUAAAAUAAUUAUAUAUAUAUACCGUUCAAA